AGGUAGAAACAGGAUUUGUUGCGGACUCGAGGAUUCGUUCCUCGCAUUCUUCACCGAUUGAAUAGCUUGUUUAUUGUUGUUGUUGUUGUUGUUGCGAGCUAUGGCGUCAGCGGUGAUGGCUGGAGCAUCGGCGUCCAUGGCGUCGUUGUCGCUGCGAAGCUCCCCAUUCACGGAAUUCAAUGGCUUGGCUGCUGCCACCCCGUCUUCCCACGCUCCAAUGCCGACGUCCACACGCCCAGCUAUCUUGCGGGAGUCGCUGACGAUAGAGGCUCUGAAGGAUCAAACUCGGAGGGAAUCCUUGAAGUCUCGUCACAGGCGUUUGAGGAAGAAGCUGAGUGGUACCACUGAGAGGCCUCGAUUGGCUGUUUUCCGCACCAACCAACAUCUGUACGCCCAAGUCAUUGACGACACUAAGCAGCACACUCUGGCCGCCGCAUCUACUCUCACCAAGGAGAUCCGUGAAUCUAUUGAAGAUACAGCAGGCCCAACCAUUGAAUCUGCUAAGAAAGUUGGGGAGGCUAUCGGCAAGCUCUGUUUAGAGAAAGGGAUUAGCAAGGUGGCCUUUGACAGGGGAGGCUUUGUUUACCACGGACGAAUCAAGGCGUUGGCAGAUGCUGCUCGUGAAGCUGGUCUAGACUUUUAGAGGUAGUCUAAAUAGUUAGGAAUCAAUGUUUUUUUAAGUGAAUUACGAUUGUGUUUUUUUUUUUAAAGUUCAGAUUCGCUGACUGGAAACGUAGGCAUUGUUUUUCGACCGACGCAGAGCCUUUCUAAGUUGUAUGCCAAUUUAUCUCAUACACGGCUGAUUAAUUCUUCCUCUAUUUGUGAUGUUAUCUCA